GUUGCCCCGCGAUUCAGCGCCAUAGUCACCGUAGUCCUGGCGACUGUAACCCACCAACAACAACAACAACCUCGCGCUCCAUCCUCACCGCCUCUGCCAUCCUCAUCCUCAUCAACACAUAAUCCCACACACUGCAGGCGCCAUGCAAACCCCAGAGGCAGGCGCUGACUCCACGUCUACAGUGCCCCUCCAGACCAGCGUGCCUGUGCAGCCUGCUGUCACUGCCCAGCAGGUGGCCUCUCAGGUGCCCGUUCAGCAACAGGCCCAGACUGUUCAACAGGUUCAGCAUGUAUACCCAGCACAGGUGCAGUACGUGGAGGAGAACAGCGGCGUCUACACUAAUGGAACUAUACGGAUGUACUCCUACACUGAGCCGCAGAUGUACAGCCAGAACAGCAGUGGGAACUAUUUUGACACGCAAGGCAGCUCGUCUCAAGUGACCACAGUGGUGACGUCCCACAGCAUGGCCAACAACGGCAACGGGCUGCCGAUGGGCCUUUCCGGCGGGCAGAUCAUCAGCAGCUCGGGGGCCUAUCUGAUCGGGGGCAACACCAUGGACAACUCUGCCCCUCACUCUGCAGCCCAGACCACCAGGGCCUCACCAGUUACAAUUGAAAUGGCGAUUGAGACGCUCCAAAAGACUGAGGGUUUGUCCAGUCAGAGAAGUGCGCUGCUCAACAGCCAUCUCCAGUGGCUCCUGGAUAACUAUGAGACUGCAGAUGGGGUGAGUCUGCCUCGCUCCACGCUCUACAGCCACUACCUUCGCCACUGCCAGGAGCAGAAACUGGACCCGGUCAAUGCUGCAUCCUUCGGAAAACUCAUCCGCUCCAUCUUCAUGGGGCUGCGCACACGCCGCCUUGGAACCAGAGGAAACUCCAAGUAUCAUUAUUAUGGGAUCCGGGUGAAACCAGACUCACCACUGAACCGACUACAAGAGGAUAUGCAGUACAUGGCACUGAGGCAGCAGCCUGUCCAGCAGAAACAGAGGUAUAAGCCAGUGCAGAAAAUGGAUGGGUUUUCGGGAGAUAACUAUCCCAGCAGCGGUCAGCACACUCCCAAUGCUGCAGAGCAGACGGUCAUCGCACAGAGUCAGCACCACCAGCAGUUCCUGGAUGCCUCUCGGGCGCUCCCCGAGUUUGUAGAGCUUGACCUGGGAGAACAUGGGGUUGAGGACGUCAGUAUGGAGGAUAUCAAAGCCCUUCAGACACUGUACAGAGAACACUGCGAGGCCAUUUUGGACGUGGUGGUAAACCUUCAGUUCAGCCUGAUAGAGAAGCUGUGGCAGACGUUCUGGCGCUAUUCUCCUUCCAACACUGUAGAGGGAGCCACAAUCAUACAAAACAGCGGGGUGAGCGAGAUUGAGGGUCGUCUGCCGCGGGCCAGGCUGCUGCUGCUGUGCCGGAGUGAGGCCGUGCUGAAGUGGAUGAGUGCCUGCGAUCACCUGAUGUACCAGGCCCUGGUGGAGAUCCUCAUCCCUGAUGUACUCAGACCCAUUCCUAGUGCCUUGACUCAAGCCAUCCGUAACUUUGCCAAAAGCCUUGAGGGCUGGCUCACCAAUGCCAUGAGCGCAAUUCCCCAGAAGAUGAUCCAGACCAAGGUAUCUACUGUUAGUGCCUUUGCUCAAACCCUGCGCAGAUACACGUCUCUGAACCACCUGGCCCAGGCAGCGCGUGCCGUCCUGCAGAACACCUCCCAGAUUAACCAGAUGCUCAGCGACCUCAACCGCGUCGACUUCGCCAACGUACAGGAGCAAGCCUCGUGGGUGUGCCAGUGUGAGGAGGGUGUGGUCCAGCGGCUGGAGCAGGACUUCAAGGCCACGCUGCAGCAGCAGAGCUCCUUGGAGCAGUGGGCCGCCUGGCUGGACAACGUGGUUUGCCAGGUGCUCAAGCCCUACGAGGACCGGCACACUUUUCCUAAAGCUGCUCGCCAGUUCCUGCUUAAGUGGUCCUUUUACAGCUCGAUGGUGAUCCGGGACUUGACUCUGCGCAGUGCUGCCAGUUUUGGCUCCUUCCACCUGAUCCGCCUCCUCUACGACGAGUACAUGUUCUACCUGGUGGAGCACCGUGUCGCUCAGGCAACGGGAGCGACGGCCAUCGGUGUGAUGGGAGAGUUUGGUAAUCUGAAUGCCAUGUUGCCGACCAACAUUGACAAAGGAUUCGCUGUGUGUUUUCCAGACGAGGUGAGUGAGAUGGACAGCGACCUGGACGAGGAGAUGGAGGAGGUGGACGAGCCGCUGGCCAAGCGCGAGAAAGCCGAAGCGGAGGUGAUCCAGGUGCUGCAGGUGGGCACCAUGGAGGACGGCAGCAGCGCGGUGGUGGGAGUCGUGCAGCCGGGGCCGAUUCAGCUCACCGCGGCCGGACACACCGACCACAUCCUCGGUCCGGUCACCGGACCCACCACCAUCCGUCACUGCGGCGGCGCGGGGAACGCUUACGCCUCUGUGUGAAGAGGACCGGUCACUCCCCUCGUCUCUCACACCUCUCACUCAUCUCACUCAUCCUCUCUUUUUCUCUCUGCUCUCCUCACUUUUUCUUCACGUUUCUCCUCUCAGUUCAAUAUCCCUUCAUAUUCCUCCAUACACCCCCCCCACCAUAUCCCAUAAUAUCCUCCCAUAUCUGUAUCUGUCUCGUGAUCAGAAGGGUUGGAUCACACAUGCAGUAACACUACAACCGAAUAGUGGCAUCGCAGCAGGACACAGCUAGCUGCACGAUCUUGUCUUUUCUUUACAUUUCUUUACAUUUCUUUUCAUUUCUUUACUUUUACAUUUUUUAAAAGGAACCAGCUCGAGUCCUGUGUUGCCAUAAUCUGGAUUAAGUCUGUGUGAUCAGGUCCAUCGUUUUUUUUUUUUUUUUUUCUUGGGAGCAACCCUUGAAAUGAGAGAGUGAAGGUGCUGAAAGUUGGCAUUUAAAGUCCUUAUGCUGGUAGAAAUUGUGAUUUUUUUUUGUUUGUUUGUUUUGUUUUUUUGUGAAUUUUAUUUAAUUUUUGAUCUUUUCGAUGACCAAGAGCUCAAAUCCACGCCACUAGCUCCACAAACUACAUGAAAAUGGAAAAAAAAGAAGAAAUUUCUGACUACUGACUACUCACUUUUUUUUUUUUUUUUUUGUUUUUCUUUGUUUUUCCCCCUCCCCUCUAUUUAUUUGUACUACUGGUCAUGUGGCUUUGUGUUGCAGUGGGAAAUCUUGCUGUAUACUGUGCUGCUAUAACCUCAGGCAGGCUGGAUGACUCUACUGAACUUCUCAAACUUCUCUACUACUGAACUACUAAACUACUGAACUACUGAGAGCUUGCUUAUCCAUCGGACUGCACCGUCGUGUUCGAGCGUUCCCCUUUUGCCUUCUGUUUGUGGAAAUGAGAAAAAAAAAGUUGCUUGGUAGAUUUUUGGAGAGGAGCCGUUUCACGUACACACUUACAUAAACUCUACUUACUCGUCGUCGUGGUUUCAUUUUUUUAUUUUUUUGUUUUAUUGGACCAAAAAAAAAAAUGAAAAAAAAAAAAAAACACAACCUGUGGCGAUUGGCUGUUCGGGGCCGUUUGUAAAGCUUUGUUUCCUCUCCCACCUGUGCCGUGUUGUAAAACAGAGCGAAUGUCAGGGAUUUCUUGUACCUCGGGUUCAUCAUAGUGCCUUAACCCAGCAACAGCUUUUCAUUUCGUCGCUGUUCCUUUUUUCUUUUUCUGUAAAUUCUAAACUAUUUUAUUUUAUUAUUUUUUUGGUUUGUUUUCUUUUUUUGUACUGAGAAAGCUCACUCUUUGAUCAUUCCUAGAAAUCAGACAGAUUCUGAUCUUUGUAAUGAUCUUGUGUAAUGGACUGGUGGCUGGAUUUGUGGUCUGUCAUCAGCAUGAGUAGGAGGUACAGCACUGUCUGGAUGCUUGGUUUACACACAGAGGGUUACCGUGGUUCGACGUUAGUGGUAAGACUAAAUUAUACUGCUGUGUCAAAGUCAAAGCAGUGUCUAUGGUGUAGCCUGUGCAAGUGUCCUGCGCUGUUGUGGGCAUUUAUACUUGUGCAUUUGUGCACAAGGCGGGAGUGUGCCACUUUGAGCGUGUUUCUGUUGUCUGCAUCUCAUAGGUACAUUACUGGGCAGUUGUGCAUCAAGCUGUGCCGUAGGCUACAUCAUAGGGUACACAGCCAUGCAUAAAGUGUGCAUAGGCUACUGCGUAGAUUUGAUGCAAAAGCAUAAAUUGUCCUAAAGGCUGGAGAUACACUUGCCGUUAGGCAUUCAUGCAAACGUAACGGUUUACAUACUUUACCGGUACACAAAAAACAUUCUACACUUAGUGAAGGCUUACACUGGAGGACACAUGAUGUAUGUGUAUAUGAGGAUGGUCAUUCCAGCUAGUUCCCCAUUAUAUCAAAAAAAUGACUGCAAACUGCUAGAGAGAGCCCACAAGUGAGCCCACAAUGAAUGGGAGUGGAUAGAGCCAUUUAAGCCCCGAAGCAUCCUAUUUUUUUCAGUGGAGAGAGCCACCACAUGCCACGGCGCAUGCUGGGUUGCAUUGUGUUAAUGCAGCCCUGCCAUCCUCCAAUCAGGGGACAGCGUGCUGCAACACCAUGCACAUACGAGCCUUACACCCACAGAACUGUUGCCUUUUAACCACAGAAGAGAAGCUGAAAAUGGCGGAAUAUGGGUUUAUAGAACUAUAGACUACAGUUAGGUUUAUUAAAAAUCUAAAAUAUUCGUCUUACGAUGGUUUACUUCUGUUGCUUCAUUUGAAUCCAAAAACUGCACAGACAAGCCCACACGCGGCGAGAGGACACGUACCAUCACAUCAAUAUUUAUUUAUUUUCUGAAAGUAUCAAAUCAAGAGAACAUACCUGUAUAUUGCCGUUUUAAACAGUUAUAAACAAUGAACAGAUUCUGUAGCAUUGCUGCUACUGUGAGCUGAUUGACUGGUUGGUGAGUUAAUGCUGGAGUCACACAGUUAGAUCAUGUUUAAAAGGCAGGAUAUAAAGUAUUUGACUCCUGUUUACUGAUUCCAUUCCCAAUAAUAAAAUAUAUAUAUAUAUCAGUGCAGAGAAAAGUAACAUUUUAAUCACUCAAUAAAACACGAAACCAAAUGGUUAACAACAGAAGAAUAUUUAAAUUAGAAUUUUGAUCUAGUGUUGAGGAUCUUAGUAAAUUGUUUAGUAUAAAAAUUCAACAAAUCAACCAGUUUAUAAAAUAUGAUUUUCUCAGGAGCUCCAUAUGAACCCAUUCAUUUUUGACUCGCUUGAUAGCUUUCCGUCACUUUGAUGCUAUUAAGUGUUUGCACUGCCCCUAGAAUAUUUGUUUACCGCACCUCGCAGAUGUAUUACAUUCAUUUCUAAAGAUGUCGCACAGUCGACGCACCAGUUGGACACAGGAUGCGAUGGUUAACAGCAGGUGUAUCUCUAGUGUAAGUGGUGGUCACUCUCUCUUUGCCUUUGUGAAGGCCUUGGUGAAGGGUUUUGUGUGUGAGUUGAAUGUGUGUAUGUAUGUAUGUGUGUGUGUGUGUGUGUGUGUGUGUGUGUGUAAACACACAUUAGGGCUGGAAGCAGACGUAUUUGAGUGUCUUUUCUGUGUUUUUUUUUUCCUCUUUUUCUUUCUUUCGAUGGUCAUUUAGGUUGUUGGUGUAAACGUCACCCUACCUCACACCAGUGGUGCCAGCCCUUGGAUGCAAAAGCCCUGCAGUUCUGAUUUACACGUUACUCUGUACCGGUCUUGUCUAAUCUGUCUCAUCUGAUCACACUUAUUCUAAUUCCUGGCCAUGCUUGUGUCACUAGGGGUGGACGAUAUCAUGUGUCGCUAUUUAUUUAAUAAGAGAUUUAUGAAAUAAUUGAUCAAAUUGAACCAGCACGAUGCACCUCAUUUAAAUAAUGCUAUUAUACUGUAUGAGGGUGUCUUGUUCCAGGUUUUUUGGGGACUGGCCUAUUCCAAUUUGAUACAAUCCAUUUUAUAGUGAUUAAUCCCUUGAAUUCUAACCCUAAAUCUUUGAGAAAUGACUGUGAAUUACUUGGUAACAGUGUAGCCUGUUUUGUGGAGUCCCUCAGAGCUCUGUUUUAGGGUCUAGCAGUUCCCAUGCCACUGGAAUCUAUCUAUCACUUUUCCAACAACAAAUUAGCUCUGGAAAAAAAUUAAGAGACUAUCUGAAUCAGUUUCUCUGAUUUUGCUAUUUAUUGGUUUAUGUUUGAGUAAAAUGAACAUUGUUGUUUUAUUCUAUAAACUACAGACAACAUUUCUACCAAAUUCCAAAUAAAAAUAUUGUCAUUUACAGCAUUUAUUUACAGAAAAUGACAAAUGGCUGAAAUAACAAAACAAAAAAAAGAUGCAGAGCUUUCAGACCUCAAAUAAUGCAAAGAAAACAAGUUCAUAUUCAUUAAAUUUUAAAAGUUCAGAAAUUAAUAUUCGGUAGAAUAACCCUGUUUUUAAUCACAGUUUUAAUGCAUCUUGGCAUGUUCUCCUCCACCAGUCUUACACACUGCUUUUGGAUAACUUUAUGCUGCUUUACUCCUGGUGCAAAAGGUUUUCAAUUCGGUAAAAUCAAAGAAACUCAUCAUUUUUAAGAGUUUUUUUUUUUUUUAUAUGAAAGCCCAUGAAUUUGUACAGCUGGAUCAAGACAAUUCUCUUAUGAUUUUGUAUUUAUUUAUUUUUUUUAACAACAUUUAAAUCACAGGUUAAAUGAAUAAUACUGAUGAUUUAGUUAUCUUUUUUUGGCACGAAGAAAAAAAGUCAACACAAUAUUCAGCCGGUGGUUUUUAUGUUAUGGCAUCUUGACCGUCCACGAUAAUGAUAAAGUAUCAUCGUAUUGCCCACCCCUACGAAUCACACACUGUUCAUUCCUUUUGUGAAACACUGGAUAUCUGUAUACGGGACCAAAAGUUGCUAUUUGCUAUGAAUAUAAAGGUAAAUAUAGAUCUAUAUAUAUUGCUAUAAAUAUAUAUAAAUAUACUAAGGGUGAUUUUGAUUCCUACGUUUCUUUUCGUGUGGUUUUAGCCGUUCUGAGAUGGUGGUAUUUGCUUUUGUAGCUUCUUUAGUUGAUGGGUUGAUCCGUUAACUGACUGUGAAAGGGGAGGGGGAGGAGCUUGCGCUGGUUAUUUGGACCAAUGAUCUCGAAAGGUCAACACUAAUGGCUCCCUUUCACCCGAGAGCACCAGCUACAUAUAUUCUAUACACGUCUUUAUUUAAAAAAACAAAAAGAGGAAAUGUGGUGCUGACUUUAUGGAAACAGACUUACUUUAUGGUACUGCAUUUGUACUUGUUUUUGAUUGCUGUCAUGUGACACACGGGAAAAAAAAAACAGAUGAAUGAACUAGGAAACUUCUUUAUUUUUACUGCUACUGACAUUUAAUUAUUUUAUUUGAAUUGUUUUUGUUUAUUUAAUUGUUUUGGGUGAAUUAACAGCCCAGAAGUGCUGUCGUUUAAUUUUGUCUUUUUCUUUUUUUUGGUCUAUGGACACUUUUUUUUUAAUGCUGUUUACAUAUUUACAAACAUUUCAAGUUUCAUUUUGUGCCUAAUUUUUGCACGAUAUGCUUCUUUCUUUUAGGAUUUUUUUUUUUAAAAAAGGGAAAAUGUUCCCGAAAAGCCCCGCCCCCUUUCUGAAUCCUGAUGAUAAUCAUGGCGUUUGCUGUUUGUUUGUUUGGUUUUUAUCGGGAGUGCAAUGUGCAAAGUUAAUAGAAACUUGAUUUAAAAGUCACUUUUGUAACGAAAAUGAGCCACAAAAGCCACAAAACGUGGCAUUUAAUGAAACUGCUGACAAAAAAAAACGUUACACUACAGAUUAAGGAAGUGAUCUGUAUGUAGUGUUUGGCCCCUCCCCUUCCCCUGAUGUAAAGUUAACCAUGUUUUUGAUUUGAUUUCGCUUUGCAUUCGUCCGGUUUGGUUGUAUCCUCUUGUGCCUGGAAGUGAGAACAGCUCUUAGCGUAUUGGUUAGUUUUAAAUGAAAGUGCUUUUGGUCAUGCAUGCCUUUUUUUAAUCGUGCUGCUAGAAUAUUAUGAAAAUCUGUUUUUGAUUUUUUUUUUUUCUAUUCCGUUUUUGUGCCACAGUGAAUAAACAGAUUUUCCGUGUUUAUUUCGAACCUGCCUGCCGCGUCCCAUGAGUGCGUUUACAUGCAGUAAUAAUCUGAUUACUGCAGUUAUCUGAUCAAGUAGUCAUGCAAACAAUGCUGCAAUUAUCCGUACUCCAGAUUUCAUAGAUCAGAUUAUGGUCUAAAAGUCUGAUUUAUUACAUGUGAUACAGAGUACAUGUUAACCAGAGUAUUCUCCGAUUUCUCAGUCUCUGUGUAUAUCAGUAAAAACAGACCUCCCACUUUUGGCGCAACAAUGAAACUAAAUGAAACUAAAUUAUCUUAAUUUUCUAGCUGAUGUAUAUUCAUAUUUUGACUCUUUAGCCCUAUCCAGACAGGAUUAGUUUCUCAAGGUGACAUCUGUGAAAAAUAUUUCACACUUCUACUUAGUGAUUAAACUCUUGCAUCCAGACUGCAAUUGAAAAAACAGGAGGACCAGUGAGUUUUUAGGCUUUCUAAAAGGGUUCAGUAGCUCCUCCAUUUCCACUCGCUGUUGUGUUUUAACGUGGAUCUCCGUGGAUCUUCAUGUGCACCCAAAGUGUAAUUACGGUGCGCGGCAGUGGACAAAUAGCUAUUUUAUUAAACAAAAGGUGAUGAAACUCAGAGAGGAGCACGGAGUUCAGGGAAAAACAGUAGAUAAAUCAGCCUGUAAUUUUCUCAGAGGACGUCAGAGAAAAACACGUACAUGGUCGUUCUGGACGGGAAUAAAAUCACAGAGGAUAAAAACCCCCCAUAAAUGAGAAAAUUACCCCAGUACGCCCUGAGAAACUAAUCCUGUCUGGAUAGGGCUUUUAAUGUUUAACAUUGUUGAGCCAAAUUUUAGUCAGUUUGUUCAGUCAGAUUUUUUCUCAAAUCAGAUCCGUUAAGAUGACUGUUCACACUGUUAUUUGCAAGUGAUCAAAUCCGAUUUGCAUCCAGACUGAGACACUGAUUGUAUUAGAUUUGUGAAAAUCUUAUUUCAUGUGGUUUCAGGUUGUUUAGACUGUCAAAUAUCAAUCUGGUUACAUAACCUGGAUAAUUUAGAUAUGCCAAGAAACAGGUUUGGGUUUGGAGUCUAAACACAGCCUUUUUCUGGCUGGUUGCAAAGUAAAACAAAUCAGAUUAUACACAGUAAAUGUAUUAAACAUUGUUCGGAUUGUAAACGCACUCUAUGCCCCUCCCCUUUUUUUUGCCAAUAUGAUGAAAUGCCUCAUUAUUUAAAUUUCCCUUUUCUUUCACCAUAAUUGUCUUGUUUUUGUUUUUUUUUUUAAUUCCCGAGACCUGAGCUGGCCUUGCUUUCGAGUCCUAGCCACGCCCCUUUUUGUCACCAAAGUGUGAUGCACGUCAGCGUAAGUGAAGGGAAAGACCACAAACUAACAUGACGUAUUGCUGAACAUAUCAAACCCCUGAGCAGUUACUGCAGAACGAGGAGAGACAGAGAGAGAGAGACAUGUCCCUCGUUUUCUUCUCUCGCACGGCAGCUUCACCGACAAGAGACUUCAGUGCCUUUAUGAUUUCACUAAGACCUCCCGGACCACCGGUUCGCCCGCCCGCUCUCGCGUACGAACAAAGACGUAAAGCAGAGCAGACAGCGCGUCAGGAUUCAAGUCUGAGCUGACCGGUGUCCCACAAGGGUCUAUCAUUAGCCGUGGUUCAGGUGUCCCCGGUGUCCUCUACGUCCCCCUCUUCCCCAUCCUCUCUGCACCAACCACGGAGAUAUGCACAUGCAACCUUUAUAAAUAAGAAAAGAUGAGCAUUUGUGUUUGGGCGAACUGUGGUUCAGGUGUCCCUGUCCCCACUGUCCUCUGUGUGUGUCCCUGUCCCCUCAACCCUUUUAGCGCUGCAACUACAGAGACUUGCACAUGCAAUCUUUAUAAAUGAGAAGAAGAACAGUUGUGUUUGGGCGACUGGUGUUCUGCAAGGUCUGCUCUUAGCUGUGGUUUAGGUGUCCCUGUCCCCACUGGCCCCGUCGUCCUCUAUUUAUCCACCCCCCAGCUCCUUUCCUGCACUCACCACAGAGAUAUGCAUCUGUAAUAUUUAUAGAGGCACGACAGCAGUUGUGUUUGGGUGACUGGUUCUUAUCUGUUGUUAAGGUGUCCCUGUCCCCACUGUCCCCGUCCCCACUGUCCCUACUAUCGCCUCAACUACAGAGAUAUGCACAUGUAACGUAAAUAGGCGCAGAGCAGUUGUGUUUGGGCAAUCAGUGUCCCACAAUGUCUACUCUUAAAUCUUAUCUGUGGUUCAGGUGUCCCUGUCCCCACUGUCCCUGUCCUCUCUACUCUCUUAUCACACCAACCACAGAGAUAUGCACAUGGAGAACUCAUAAUGAUGUGUUUGGGUGACUGGUUCCCAGAGUAUCUAAUCUACUCUUAUCCGUGGUUUAGGUGUCCCUGUCCCCUUCACCCCCUUAUCACACCAACCCAAAAGAUAUGCACGUGCAGCAUCCAUAGAGACAUGUUUGUGUGACUGGUUCCCACAAUGUCUACUCUUAAAUCGUAUCUGUGUCCCACAGUGUCUACUCUUGGCCAUGAUUCAGGUGUCACUGUCCCUGUCCCCAAUGUCCCCGUCCCCUCAAUCCCCUUAUCGCACCAACCACAGAGAUAUGCACAUGCAGCAUCCAUAAUGAUGUGUUUGGGUGACUGGUUCCCACAGUAUCUAAUCUUAUCCGUGGUUUAGGUGUCCCUGUCCCCACUGUCCUCGUCCCCUCCACCCAAUUAUCGCACCAACCACAGAGAUAUGCACAUGUAACGCUUAUAGAGGCACACAGCUCCGCCUCCGCACCGGGGCGACUGAUAACUGUGGGAAGUCUGCAUUCUGCGUCGCUUAAACAGGAAGCGCUGACAGGAUUUCGCCAUUAAGAACGCUGCACUAAUCAUAAUCACGACAUUCCCCCGUUUCUAUCCUACGUAAAGUGAUCGUGCUCGUUUCCGUUUCCUUCUUUUCUUCGUUCUCUAAGGCUUUUUGAUUAUAUCUGAAUAUUUUAAGUGCCAUUUGACGGUUUACUUCGUGAGUCGUGGCCUGCUGUAGCGCGUUCUAAUGCAAGCACAAGCAUCGUGGUACUCCCGAGCGACUCGACGUGCUUGGAUUAAAAAAAAAAAAAAAAAAAGAAACAAAAAAA